AUUACAGCUCGCAAAAUGAACGAUACAGCGGAAGUGUCUGGAGGAAGCUCCUCCCCGGAAUCCGCACCAAAACAAUCCAAGGAGGAAAAUCUAUCAGGAGAGUGUCGGCUUUGUUUGGAUCCAUUCGGGGUGAAUGUAGUCUCAAUAGCCGAUCCCCAGUUAAAGGAACGAAUGGACAAAGUGUUCCCAUUUUCGAUCCAACCGGUGGAUAAAUUCCCCAUCGGAGUGUGUCAAACAUGCUUCUCCGUUAUAACAGAAUUCCACAGCUACACGGAAAAAGUUCAGCUGAAUCAACAUCAGCUGAGUGCCCGAAUGGCUGGGCAAUCGGAAAAGAUGGUAGAUACAAUCAAAGAAGAGGCCUCCCUAGAACCGUCGGUAGAAAUGACCGAAUCACAAGUACCGAUGGUGUUCAAGGACGAGCCUCAGCAACCUUCCGACCCUUCAGAUGACCCAGACGACGUUAAGGAAGAUGUUGACGUUUAUGUAGAGGAGUAUAGUCCGCCGAAGAAGCGUCAGUACAGGAAACGAAAAAAGGUCAAGGCAAAAGAUUCAAACGAUGAAUCCGACUCGGAUGAUGGGGAAUCGAAACCUGCUAAAACAAAGAAGUACAACGUCAAACCGAAGGAGGAACGAAAGAAGGAUGAAAAGCUUGUAUCGGAAUUCUACCGAAUGGCGUGUGAUCUAUGCGGAGCCGUACUGGCCGAUGUCACUUCUCUUUACUCUCACUUCCGCAAAGAGCAUCAGGAAAAAGGAUAUGUUGUGUGCUGUGACAAGAAGAUAUUCAAGCGAUGCUUCAUGUUGGAACACAUGAAAUUCCAUACUAAUCCUUCGGCAUACCGGUGCGAAAUUUGCAACAAGAACUACAAGAACAAAGUCUACCUUUCGUUGCAUCAGAUAAAGCUGCACGGAAAAGAAGAGGAUCGGCCCUUCAAGUGUGACCGCUGCAAGCAGUCCUUUGCCAAGAAAUAUCAACUACAAGCUCACAUGGUGUCCCACGAAAAGGUACAAUGUCCAAUAUGUUCCCGCAUGAUGGGCAACAAAAUGGCCCUGGCCACUCACAUAACCAACCAGCAUUCCAACAAGGAUCGCAAAUUAAUUUGCGACACCUGCGGAAAGGAAUUCCUCAAUAAGACAUGCUUCGAGCGACACGUCAAGGAGCACCAGGGCAUCGAAGUGCAUCCGAUGUUGGAGUGUCACAUUUGUCACAAGUGGCUCAAGGGAGAGCGCUGUCUGCAAAAACAUCAACGUUAUUCGCACUUCGAAACGGACCAGGUGCACACAUGCGACAUCUGCCAUCAGAACUAUCCCAACUCGAGGGCGCUGUGGAGUCACAAGAAGGUAGUGCACGUGGAAGAAAAGUUCGAAUGCGAGUUCUGCGGAAAGCGGUUCAAGCGAGCGGUCAAUCUCAAGGAACAUCGCACUAUCCACACCGGCGAACGGUUGUACUCGUGCGAGUACUGCGGGGCGUCCAUGAACUCCAACGCCAAUCUGUACACGCACGUCAAGAAGAGUCAUCCGGUGGAGUAUGCGGAGAAACGGCAGCAAGCGGCUGCCAUGAAUGGGCCGAAAGCCUAGCGAAGGUAAGUAGCGGAUUUUGGUUAUAUAGGAAUAUGGCAAGACAUGUAAAAACUGUGGUAGUUAUUUAUGCCGAAAUAUUGUCCUUAACAUCGUUUGGAAGGCGGGAGAUUUUUGGAGUUGUGAAGUUCAUAGAGAGUA